CGGGAAUUCUUCUAUUGGUGGAUCGAGAUUUGUUGGUGGCAAGUCUUUAUUUUUCAAGUGAAGUCUUUGAGGGUCUGGUGUUUCUUCCAGUGGGCUUUCUGUAGAUGCUUUUGUGUCAUCAUUGAUCACCUUGUUGCUUGAGAGUUCAGGUGUAGCAUUGCUUAUUGUGGAAAUAUCAUUCGAAAUCAGAUUUUCGUUGGCAAUAGAUUGUUGUGGCAGUUUUUCAAAGCCUGUAACGCUGGGCAGUGUAUUCCUAGAAUAUUUUUCAAAAUCUUGGGUUCCUUUAGUAACAGCUUCAGUAGCAAUUUUUGAUGCAAAACUGGCUUCAUCAAUGGCUUUGGCUCCUUCAACUUCAAUAGGAGCUGCAGAAUGGGUUCCUUCCGUAAUAACAGUUCUAGCUGCAGAACCGGUUCCUUCAUCAAUGGCUUUGACUCUUUCAUCAAUGGUUUUGGCUCCUUCAACUUCAUUAGUAGUUGUAGAAUGGGUUCCACCAAAAUGGGUUCCUUCCAUUUCCUCGAUGGCUUCGGCUUCAUUUGGAAUUUCAGUAGCAACUUGGGCUUCAUUAGUUGCUUCAGUAGUAUCCUCAUCAGGGACAACUGCAGAAGGCAGGAAGGUCUUCAUAAUGGAUGGGUUGUAGAAAAGAAAGCUUCCCUAGGUGA